AAUGCAAAUAAGUUUGUUAUUUUGAUUUAUUUUUAAGUCCUAGUAGUCAUAUUUGUUAAUAUCCCGUAUAUUAAAGCAUGUUUCAAAUAUUAAUUAUAGAAUAUCUUACCCUAGAUUGUUGAUCGUUUAGAUGAAAGUAGGGUAAAGUUGGUUUUGUGUAAUGAUAGGUGAUGCCUCUCUCUUUUUGACUCCCAACAUGCUUUGCCUCCCUCUUUACUUUUUAAAGCCAGAAACCAUGUGUUCGGAGAGUGAAUGUGCUUGAUGUUUUACCCUUUUAACGACAUUAAAACUUGCUAAAUUUUGAUUUUUGCAUCAUAUGACAUGACGCUUCUCACUUAAUUAAGCACAUUCAAUCAGUCAUUCAAUCCACCAGACUGAACCACCCCGCGAAUCAAGCCUAGCCCCGUACAGGUCUUGCAGCUGUUGCUGGUGCAUGCAUGGCUCGUCAACAGGUAGAAGAAGGUGGGGGAUGGCCUUUAGGGUUGCAGUUGCAGCCUCUGAAUCUUAGAUCGACAACACAUUCUGAUGCUGUCUCAUUCACUACUUUGCUCAGUGGCUCUUCUUCUUCUUCGUCGGUUUCUUCAUCAGAUUUAGACACUCAGUCUACAGGAUCUUUCUUUCACGAUAGGAGCAUUACUCUAGGGAACAUCAUGGGUGUUUCCAGCAUUGUAGAGCUCUCAAGAAGAUCCCUAAGUAGAGGAAGAAUGAUUUCUAGAACACCAUCUUUAGGAACCAAAACAAAAUCAAACCCUAAAUUAAAAUCUUGGUGUUUUGGUUUUUGUUUUUGCCAAAGAGAAAGGUUCGAUGUCAUUGACGUAUCUACUAAUAACGUCGUACCCCUUGGUCACUUUCUUGAAGUGGAAAGAAGAGCAGAUCAAGUUCACAGACAAGGCCAACGUAGUCCCCUUAUUUAUGGAGCCGAUGAGCUCACACUAGCUCAACCUUUUGGGGAGACAUCUAACUCUUUAUUUGUGGAUGGUCGAAUCGUGCCCCCAACUAAGUCAAGCCCAUGGUCAAGUAUAAAUACUGAUGAGAGAAGAGAGGGAAGAGGGUUCAGAACUCCAUGUUUUUAAGUACAUUCAUUUAGGUUUUAUUUUAUAUAUGACCGAUUAAGUAUUUUUUAUGAUGAACUUUUUAUGUUUAUAAUUGAAGAUGGUUUUGAUGUAUCUUUGUUAUGGUUGACAUAUAGUAUAGUGGC